AACCGCAUCUCUGUGUGAUAUCUUCUGUACAGGAAGUCGAUGAGUGUUUGUAAAACUGAAAACGACCACAUGCAGAGAGUCCCUGGCCAUAGACCACGUCGGAGCUGUUGUUGUGUGGAGUUGGGAGGCGUAAAAACAUUUCGUCUUAUAUUUUCAAGUACUUGUUGGUCGGAGGUCAAGGCUGAAAUAAAAACAUGACCCGUGGAAAUCAGCGUGACUUAGCUCGUGCUAAGAAUAUGAAAAAGACUGUGAAGAAAGCUGCUGGAGAACAGGAUAGUAACAAAGGGCUUACACUGGAGCAACGAAAACAACGUGACGCAGAGAGAAUGAGAGAGAAGCAACUGAAGAAAGCACAGGAUGAACAGGGUAGCAUGAAGCAACAAGGAGUUCGGUAAUGAUUUAUAAUAAUGUACUAAUUAUAACACCAAGUUAUACAACGUUGAAAUUGACAAAGUACACCGCGUUAAAAAGUCACGAAAAAGUGAUAAAUUGCAUUGACAUAUACACGUAAUAGUAAAGAAUUAAACUUUGUUACAUGAAAUUUUUGGGAUUUUUUUUUCCACAUGGAAAAUUCGUGUAUCAUCAAUCAUAGCUAGCCAUACAUACCCAUUGAUUAAAUAUUAUCAAUAUCGCUCACCUGAAAUAAAUAGCCAAUUUGUAUUAGCUAAAAUAAUUGCAUCAUUCAAUAUACGAGAGUGACGGGAUGAUGAAUCAUUGCGAUCAGUGAUAAAACUCGCCCAACAGCUGUAAAAUAGCGUUAAGAUAGAAUAUUAAUUACUGUAAUUUUAAAAACCUAGAUAAAUUAACUUUUUAACAUUUAAAAUAAAAUAUUGUCGUGUAAUUAGUAGGAGCAAUCUGCGGAGCAUAUUCGCUUGUGUAAUAAACCCAUCAAAAUUUU